AUGUCAUAUGUGCCUGCAGCACAGCAGUUUGACAUUUCGCGAGAGACCCAAGAGCUGCUUCACCGUGCCGAGAAGGGCAAGAAGCUGAAGCCGUCAGCCGCGGCAAAUGCAAGCCGAGCACUCGGAUCCGAUGCAUUUCAACUUACGCAAAAGAAGCCGAAUACUGUGUCCUGCGACGCAUAUGAAAUCGACAUCUACAGCCAGAAGGAUGUCCGCUGGGUCAAAGAAGCAAGGAUGUCAGCAAGUUUGCGCGACACAGAUGAGGCAGAUUGCUACGGAUUUGUGCUACCAGCUUGA